UUUGUUUAUUUAAUUUUAAACCAAGGGUAUUAAGGAUAUUUUACCCUUUAAUGAAUGUCAUUUUUGUGACUUUCUCCUUCUAGUGUUAUUUUUGAGACAUAAACUUCAAAAAGUGCUAUUAUUGACAAUUACCCUAAAAUAAAAGCAAAAUGAUAUAUUAAUUCGGUGACUGGUCUAGUAUCACAAUUUACACUAGUCUUGAAUAAGUUUCCGUAUACCCUAAGGUAAUCUAUUCUUAUAUAUUAAUUUAGCCUCACAUAUUAGGGAGGGUGUGUAUCAACUAGAAUGAUUGGGAUCUUUGUAACUUCACAACCAUUGGCAACACGUUGUUGUAGACUCGUAGUCAUAUAUAUAUAGAGCUGGAGGGAUAUUUUUCAUGAUCUAAACCCUCACUUUUUUUUCUGUUAUGUUCUGACUUAAUUGGGUUUCUUAUUCUCAGGCAGAACACUGUUUUGAUGAAGAAUUCUUGUGGGGCUCUGAAGCUACUACAUUGAUUCAAUAUUUUUGGUGCUUUAUCUCUUGUACUCUUUUAUGAUCCACGAAGAUAGCAUGAAUAUUACCAAUCAACUAAACUAGCACAUGUCUUACCUAAGAAAGUGUCGGGCCUGGGACCAUGAAGAUGCAAAAGAGAAGUUGAUAUCUUUUAGAUUUAUAUAAAUGAGAUUACUUUCUAUCUUUAUACAAAAUACCUUUACUGAAAUGUUACAUCAAAAGGAAAGCCUAUUCAACUACUACUAACAAGAUCCGUAUAGGACAAAAAGAUGCUCCAGAAGAUGCUUGCUAAGACAUAGGUUAAAGAAAAAGUCACAGACUUUAGAGGCCACAAACAUAACUUGCUCCUAACCGUUCUUCCGCAACUCGUGCUCUUUUAAGAAACAUAUCAGAGGAAGAGAAAGCUCUGUCAGAGGAGACAUGGAGGAUCUUGUGGGACUUCUUAGGAUCCGAGUGAAAAGAGGGAUGAAUCUUGUUAGUCGAGAUUCUCAGAGCAGCGACCCUUUCGUCGUCGUAACCAUGGGUUCUCAGACAUUAAAGACUCAUCGUGUGGAAAAUAACUGUAACCCUGAGUGGAACGAUGAACUGACGCUUGCAUUCAAUGAUCAUAAUCAACCUGUGAUUCUCGAAGUUUAUGAUAAAGAUACAUUCACUUCCCAUGACAAGAUGGGAGAUGCGGAAAUAGACAUCAGGCCGUUUCUUGAGAUUCAAGCAAUGGGUCUUCAAGAACUCCCUGAUGGAACCGAGGUCAAGAGAGUGAAGCCGAGUACAGACAAUUGCCUGGCUCAAGAGAGCAGGAUCACGUUCAGUAAUGGAAAGAUCGUCCAGGACAUGAUUCUGAAGCUCAGAAAUGUCCAAAGCGGUGAGGUUGAGAUUCAAAUCCAGUGGAUCAGGGUUCCAUAGGGUCAAGCGAUCGUUGAAAGAAGACAUGAAAUAAGCAUAACUGUUAACUCAUUUGUAUUGAGUUUAAUAAAUGUGGUGACAGUGUCGAUAUGCUCGUAGCUAACUCAAAUGGUUAGAAAUUGCAUAUGCAAACAGAAACAGUACAAAUCUAUUUAUUCCUUGGACAAGAGGUGUUCAUUUGAUCUCUUAGUAAUGAUUCAAAGAACUGAGACAGAGUUUUAGUGUAA